UCCGACCAACGCCCAAUUAGUCAUUGCUCAUUUUUAACUCUGUGGCCAACAUGCAUAUCAGAAUUAUUUGAUAACAUAUUAUGUAUUCCUACUUGGCCACUUCACUCAAACCUCCGAAAUCCACAUACAUAUUCCAAAACUCCACACAAAUUCCUAAAAAAAAUUUGUUUUCAAUCCCACUAAAAAUGGACGUAGUUGUCUCAACUGGGGUAAAUAAUACAAUCAGCGCUGUCCUAACAGCCUACGAUGCAUCAACGUUUCCAACCAGUGAAAAUCUAUGGACUUCUAUAGAUGGAGCGAGUAAGGAAGUCAAGCUGGAGGCGAAAGCGGGGCGUGGGCCUCGAAAGACGAAAAAACCAUUAGCAGACGAAAUCCAAGGUCACAACAAGGAGUAUAAUUUUUUCCGGUUGUGGUUUUUCUACCUUUCAAAGACCGCCAGAUUCAACGCUGUUUUCACCAAGGCGUUCAAACGUUAUAAAAUAUUGGCGCAAGCAAACGAAACUGGGGUAUUUACACCCUCGCAGUUGGCCGAAUGUUUCGCGGGAAUUACAAAUUACGCCUCGGUCACACAAUUCGCCAUGGGUUUGCUGACCAAGGUGGUGAUCAAUGUGGACCAGGGCGUGCCACCCGAGUCUAUUGCGAAAUUGCAAGGUUUGGCGUAUAAAGUGGUGAAAUGCAAGGAGGAGGUAUUUUCGCGGUCAAAGACGGCGGAUAAUAGGUUCCAAAUUAAAAAUUGGGCCAGCAUUGCGGAAUAUUUGGGCAUGCUACUGCAAUAUUUGGCAUGUCGGGGUAAAUGAGGUUGUUACCGUUGUGAAAGAUAUGAAAUAGAAAAUUUUGAAAAAUAAAGAACAAUUUAUGUAAUAUA